AUGGAGGACAAACGCAACAUCCCCAUCAUCGAGUGGGAGCACUUGGACAAAAGGAAGUUCUACGUGUUUGGGAUCUGCAUGACGAUGAUGAUCCGGGUGAGCGUUUACCCCUUCACCCUCAUCCGCACCCGCUUACAGGUUCAGAAGGGCAAGAGCUUGUACAAAGGGACUUUUGAUGCCUUUGUGAAGAUCCUGCAGACAGAAGGGACCGUUGGGCUCUAUCGUGGCUUCUUGGUCAACACCUUCACCCUCAUCUCGGGCCAGUGCUAUGUGACGACCUAUGAGCUCACCCGCAAGUACGUGUCCCGCUACAACAACAACAAUGCUGUCAAGUCCCUGGUGGCAGGAGGCUCGGCCUCCCUGGUGGCCCAGAGCAUCACGGUGCCCAUCGACGUCGUCUCCCAGCACCUCAUGAUGCAGAGGAAAGGGGAGAGCAUGGGCAGGUUCAAGGUGCGGAACCGGGAUGGGAAACGGCUCUUGGUCUUUGGCCAAACCAAGGACAUCAUUGUACAGAUCUUCAAGGCUGAUGGCUUUAGAGGCUUCUACAGGGGCUACGUGGCCUCACUGCUCACCUACAUCCCCAACAGUGCGGUCUGGUGGCCCUUCUACCACUUCUAUGCUGAACAACUUUCUAGCCUGACUCCUAAAGACUGUCCACAUCUCCUCCUUCAAGCUAUAUCGGGGCCACUUGCAGCUGCAACAGCUUCAACGCUCACCAACCCCAUGGAUGUGAUCAGGGCUCGGGUGCAGGUGGAAGGCAAGAGCUCCAUCGUCCUCACGUUCAAACAGCUGAUGGCAGAGGAGGGCCCCUGGGGCCUCACAAAGGGCCUCUCUGCCCGUAUCAUCUCAGCCACUCCUUCCACCAUCGUCAUCGUGGUGGGCUACGAAACGCUGAAGAAGCUGAGCCUCCGCCCAGAGCUCGUGGACUCAAGACACUGGUAG